GAGGAAACCCGAGUCGUCUGUCGCAAACCUCGUGGUUUUUAAGUGUCAUAUGUAAGAACAUUUCCAUGGAAUGUGAUUAAUAUUACUGUAGUUUACCAAAAGUUUUGAGUACAAGAAAAUGGCAACUACGAAAUCCAGAGUGGAGAUCAAACAAGUUGAUGGAUCUGAAAGUGAUUUGGAGGAAUCUGAUGCAGAGAUGAAAAGUGAGAAUUCUGAAAUAAGUGAUGAGGACGCCAGUGUUAGUUCUGCCGGUAAUUUAGGAUGGGCUAAUGCCAUGUGUCAAGUUCUUAAUGCCCCUGUACAUACAGAGAAUUUUAUUUUAAGUAAAGCCAAAAAAGACUCUGAGAGAAAAACCAAAAAGAAAGAUGAAAUUGAGCUUGUUGAUGGCAGCGGAAAUCUUUUAAACAAAGAUAAACCUGAAGAAAAGAAAGUGAUAAAAAGUUUUAGUCAAAAAAGAAAAGAAGUAUUAGAAAAACAAAAACAGAAAGCAUUAUGGGAGGCAAUGUGUAGAGUGAAGCCUGAUAUUACGCAGCGAGAAAAAGAAAGAGAGCUAGUGAAAAUUGCUACCAGGGGUGUGGUUCAUCUUUUCAACACUGUGCAUGAACAUCAGAAAUCUACAAAAGUUAAAAAAGCAAAGGCUUCAAAAAGGAGCGAAAAGCUUAACGUUGUAAAAGGAAACUUCAUGGACAUUUUAAAAGGGUAUGAAAAGCAGGAUAAGUUGGCUCAGGCUGAUCCAGUUCUUGAAAAAACAAAGCAAGAAGAAACGUGGAGUAUAUUGAAAGAUGAUUUUAUGAUGGGAGCUGAAAUGAAAGAUUGGGAUAAAGAAAGUGAUGAUGAUAAAUAAAUUAUUUUUACAGAUGUGUGUAACUUUUAAUGACUCAAAACUUUUGAGACAAUGUUAUUAA